UCCUGGAGCAAUCUCACAGGGUGGCUCCACUUUCCAUUCGCGCUCAAAUACUUUGUUGCCUUCUCUACAGCUGCCAGACCUGCUCCUGCUGCUGCUCAGGGAGAGCAUCUGGAGUGCACCUUGCUGACCACUGAGAAGAUGAUGAGCUCAAGCUACUGGAAUGAGACAAGCAGCAGCAGCUGUGGGACUCAGCAGCUCUCAGAGGUGCUGCAGUGCCAGCCCCAGCAUUACCACUGCUACCAUCAGUCAAGCCAAGCCCAGCAGCCUCCAGAGAAAAAUGUAUUGUAUGAGCGAGUGAGGACCUACAGUGGGCCCAUGAACAAGGUGGUUCAGGCCUUGGACCCCAUCGGCUCACGGGAAGUGCUCUCUCCUCUCAGAAAUGCUUCCUCCUACCAAAAUUUGGUUUGGAGCGACCAUUCCCAGGAACUCCAGUCUCCAAGUCUGAAAAUAUCCACUUGUGCCCCAAGCACUCUGCAUAUAACCCAAAAUACUGAACAGGAACUCCAUUCUCCAACAAUGAAAAUCACUACAUAUCCACAGACCACUAUUAGGAGAUACAUAGUACAAAAUCCUGACCAGGAACCACUGUCUCCAUUCCUAAGAGGAGGCCAUUUCUUCCCAGGAAACAAUGUUAUUUAUGAAAAAACAAUAAGAAAAGUAGAGAAGCUAAAUACGGAUCAGGAAUGCUGUCCUCUGGUUCAGUGCCAUCAUCACAUUAUCCAACAGCCCCAGAUCAUCCACUCUCCACACUGUCAACAAUCUCAUUCUGGCCAGCAAAUUCAAACCAUCACAGGAAGUGAUACAAUAUCUACAAGCACUGGAAAUGAACUGUGCCAUGAUGAAUCAAGCCAUAUACAUGAACAGGUGAUAAUUCAGGAUGAUGGCCCUGAAAAAUUGGACCCCAAAUAUUUUGGAGAGUUACUUGCGGAUCUAAGCCGUAAAAAUACGGAUUUAUACCACUGCUUAUUAGAUCAUUUGCAGAGAAUUGGAGGAAGCAAACAGGACUUUGAUUCUACAGAUGAGUCAGAAGACAUUGAAUCCUUGAUUCCUAAAGGAUUGUCAGAGUUUACAAAACAGCAGAUUCGCUAUAUUCUGCAGAUGAGGAGUAUGUCUGAUAAAUCACUCCGACUAGUGCUGUCCACAUUCAGCAACAUACGGGAGGAGCUUGGACAUCUUCAAAAUGACUUGACAUCAUUGGAAAAUGAUAAGUUAAGACUUGAGAAAGAUUUGGCAUUCAAAGAAACUCAAAUAAAAGAAUAUGAAGAACUCUUGGCAUCAGUGAGAGCAAAUAAUCGUCAGCAGCAGCAAGGACUUCAAGAAUCAACCUCAAAAUGCCAAGCAUUGGAAGAAAACAAUCUCUCUCUUCGACAUACACUAUCAGACAUGGAAUAUAGAUUAAAAGAAUUGGAAUACUGUAAACAUAGUUUAGAGCAAGAAAAUAAAAAUCUUAGAAUGCAGGUUUCUGAGACUUGCACAGGCCCGAUGCUACAGGCUAAAAUGGAUGAAAUUGGCAACCAUUACACGGAGAUGGUAAAAAACUUAAGAAUGGAGAAAGAUAGAGAGAUCUGCAAGCUACGGACUCAAUUAAAUCAGUACCAAAAGGAUGUUUCAAGAAGAGAGGGAAGUUGCAGUGACUUCCAAUUCAAACUUCAUGAACUGACAAGCUUGCUAGAAGAGAAGGAUUCCCUUAUAAAGCGUCAGUCAGAGGAACUCUCGAAGUUGAGACAAGAGAUAUAUUCAUCUCAUAACCAACCCUCCAGUGGUGGAAGGACUACAAUUACCACUAAAAAGUACAGGACACAAUAUCCAAUCCUAGGCCUCCUGUAUGAUGACUAUGAAUAUAUACCACCAGGUAGUGACACACAGACUAUUGUGAUUGAGAAAACAGAAGACAAAUGGACUUGUCCAUGAAUGAAUCUCCAACUCAAAGGGUUUUUUUUGUGUCUGCAGUAGUACUUUCCUUGUUAUCUUACCAUAACUAAAGGCCAUCAAAAUUUUGAAUCAUGCAACUACCUAGCAAAUCUAAUUGGAUGAAUCAGUUCUGCAGAUGACAAUUUCUCCACCUAUUUAUGAACCCUGAAUCCUUCUAUCACGUUCUUGUAUUAAAUAUAGCAACACACUGCUUAUUUAAACUUCAAUUACAGAUAAUGUAGGACAUAAUUCACUUUUUGAAAUAGGGUGCUUCCUAGACACUGAAUUAAUUUGUUGGGGUAGAGAUUUUACAUAUUAUUCAAUUAGACGGUUUUCUCUGAUAUUAGAUGUACGAUUCAGUUAUAAGAAUAAAUAGUUAUCGUCAAAAAAAGACAAAAGACUAUUGAAUUUAAAAAAACAGUUUAGUGCAUGGUAUAUACAGCAUAUUUGCUUUUGUCACAUUGAAACUUGUGACUAAAAGAGAUGCUUCCUUUCAUGCUAUUUAUAUCUCUUAGAGACAUAACUAAAUCAAAGGUGAUGGUUAACUUCAUUUAGUAGGGGAGUGGGAUAAUACAUUUUUAAAUUACUAAAUUCACUAAAUUGCACAUUGUGCUAUUAUGAUUCUAAGCACGUAUUAGAGGCUUGGCAAAUCUGUUCUUUCAAAGCAUAACAUUCCCAAAUGAGCCCACCCACUUCCUUAAAAACAUAUAACACUAUAUUGUAGUAGUGGGUAGAAGGAAGGUGGACUUAUUAAAUAGGGGUAUACAAAAAAUAACAUUGAAAUAUUGUAUAAAGACUUAAGAAAUAAAAAUAGCAACAACAAAUGCUUGAAUUCUGUAUCCUACUUGGGAGGAAGAGAUUUUAUAGUAGAGUGUUUGUGUACUUAGAAGUUGGUUGAUUAAUUGGGUUAUAAUGACCUUACAAAGCAAACAAAAGUAUUUUGCAAAUACAUUAGUAGAUAAGAAUGAAACUUCUUAAUGUCAACACCUCUGCUUUAAAGUUACGAACUAACAAAAAUUAAAAUGUUUGCAUUUGACAAAGUAUAGAUUAAGGCAACAAAUAUAUUUGGGUUACAUGUGAAUGAGGUUUUGCACUGAAAUAUCUCUGCAAAUAUCUAUAUAGAAUUCUGUCAUGCUUUCUAAUUAUACUCUAAUAAUUAUUCAUUAUACUGAGAAACUGUUAAGAUAGGAACAGAUGAGGCACUAUACUAAAUCAAACCAUGAAUGAGAAAAAUGUUUUUAAUAUUCAUAUAAUUUUCAAAAAGGUCUUGAUAUGAAGCUAAAAGCCUUAUUGUAUUAUCUUAAUACUUUGACUAAAAGGUCAAGCUCCUUAUUGUGGAUUGAUAGAAUUCCAAUUCUAUGAAUAUUUUAUGAUAGAAAAUGUUAAUAUUCUUCAUGAACUAUAUAGUCCUUACAGUUUUUCCCCUUGUGGGAACAGGGCAGUUUCUCCUUUUUAACUACUCAUAUAUGUAACUAACAAAACAGUGCCAUGUUAUCUACCCAUUACAUAUGAUAUAAACGGAAGUUUUUAGUAGUGGUGUAAUAGAAAACUGCCACCAUAACUCUUUGAAAAUUAGAACAAGUGUAAUUUCCCCCAAAUACUCUUAAAUAAAAAUAACAAUCCAAAAUAAUAGACCAAAAUUUAGGGCAGUUAAGAAGUCAGCACAUCAUUGGCUCACUUGAUCCAUGCAUAGUGAGUGAAUAGGGUUGUCAUCACAAGGUAUUCAUUGUACUUAACAAAUUUAAAUGUAUGUUUUUCUUUUCCAAUUUGUGACUAAGGUCAAUUUAAAAAAAAGUAGUGAUUUGUCUUUCCUCUCACGUUUCACAUAGUUUAUCUCUAAAAAUUGCAAAGAUGUUUUCAGGUGAGGAAUGACUAUUUCUCUCAUUUCUAUUCCAGUAUGUUUCACUUUAGAUGUUGAAUAAAAUGGAGACUGUACAAUGUAAUGCAA